AGCCAGUGUAGCUAAAAAGAGCAGAUCUAUUGUGUCAGAUUGUUUCGACAAGUUGCGGCAGGAACAAAUAUCUAUAAACCAUCGUCAGCAACGUUUAACGAUCCGCGUCAGUGUCUGUUGAAAUUGUAUUAACACAGCGGCAGCCAACGCUUUGGCAUUUCAAUCGAUACUUGUUGAAGUGUUCACAUAAAAAAAAGCCAAAAUGUCUCUCUAUCCUACACUUGAAGAUAUGAAAGUAGAUAAUAUGAUAAAGGCUCAGAUGCAAGAAGAGUCACGAUAUGUUGUUCCACCGAUAUCAACCGGACCUGUGAUUCCUUCGGCUCCAACUUACAUGCCUACUGCACCCAGCGCCUUGUAUCCAUCCUUGGGAGAUUAUAUGGGACUCGAACUGAAUGAAGAAACUAUUGCACAAAAUAUGCCCGAAUAUGCUCUUGUCACACGUCAGAAUGCUAAUCAGAUUGCACUCUAUUCGUCAGAUGUAAAAACCGGACCAUUAACAGGAAUGAUUGCUCCUUUGUCAGGGCAAUCAGUCGCUUUACAGAAAGCUCAUGUAACAAACGGUAUCAGAGAGUUGAUACUUUGUAAGGACGGUGAUGGAAAAGUCGGGGUCAGAGUUCACGCGAUAAAUAACGGAAUCUUUGUGUGCUUGGUGAGCCAGAAUUCUCCUGCAGCAAUGGUCGGAUUGCGUUUCGGCGAUCAGAUUUUAAGUAUCAAUGACGUGUGCGUUGCUGGAUACUCGAUGGAGCAAGUGCACAAACUUUUCCGCAAUGCGGAUACCAACGGAAUUAGAGUGGUUGUACGCGACAGACCAUUCGAGCGCACUGUAACAAUGCACAAAGAUAGUAUGGGUUACAUCGGAUUUCAAUUCAAGAACGGAAAAGUUAUUGCUUUGGUGAAGGAUUCUUCGGCAGCACGAAACGGACUUUUAACAGACCAUCAGAUACUCGAGAUUAAUGGAAAGAACGUGGUCGGAAUGAAGGAUAAAUAUAUUACAACAGAGAUCGAAAACGGUGGAGAUAUUGUCACGGUGACGAUAAUUCCAUCGUAUAUUUACGAUCACAUGGUGAAAAAAAUGUCCAACAGUUUGUUGAAGAAUUUGAUGGAUCACUCUGCGGUGGAUCUCUAAAUGGAAACAAAUAGUUUUAUAUACGUCAUACUAUUAUUAAUGAGCACGUGCAUUGAUCCCCGUAGUUUUAUCAACAUCUUGAAAAAGUAAUGAACGUAUAUGCAUUGCCAUAUUUAUGAGAUGCCAAUUAUAUUACUAUUGUAAAUGUGAUGUAUGUGAUACCCGGUUAGAAUGUAUAGCCUAUAUUCUGUGUCAAUCCCGACACUAAUUGGUUGAAAUCAUGAAAAGGAUUUUAUCAGAUAUUAUUUUUUAUACAGAAAUGCACCAAAGUUUGCGAGGAAUAUACAUAAACAGUUAUUCAACUCCACGUACAAGGAGAAAAUUUCUAAUUCUUAGUGCAUUAAUUCAAUAGCAUAAGCAAGUUAUUGCAUUAUAAAGUGAUCGUAUCCUCUUGA